AUGCAUGUGUGGCCUCCACUAGGAAAGAAGAAGUUUGAGACUCUCUCGUACCUCCCCGAUCUUAGUACCGAGCAAUUGGCUAAGGAAAUAGACUACCUUCUCCGUUCUAAAUGGAUUCCUUGCUUGGAAUUCGAAUUAGAUCACGGAUUUGUGUACCGUGAGAACCAUAGGUCACCAGGGUACUAUGACGGACGCUACUGGACCAUGUGGAAGCUCCCUAUGUUCGGAUGCACCAAUUCAUCUCAGGUGUUGACGGAGCUGGAGGAGUGCAAGAAGGAAUACCCCACUGCUUUCAUUAGAAUCAUCGGAUUCGACAACGUCCGUCAAGUGCAGUGCAUCAGUUUCAUUGCCCACAAGCCCAAAGGCUACUAAGCUGUUUACGUUUCAGUUCCUUCCCUCGUGGGGAAUUCCAUUUGAUUUUAAUGUUGUACUUAAAUUAAGCUCUCAAAGACUUUUUUUUU